AUUAAUUAUUGGAGUUUCCAACUUACAACUUGCCUAGUCUCAGGAGCAGUCGCUCUGGAUUCUACAACAUGCAUUAAAAUUUUCCGCAUUCACGUCAUCCGUUAGUUGGUAGGAACAAUCACUCUGUCUAGCCUCUGAAAUGAAUAAGAAAAUCUAUAUGAUUAAAAGAAAGAGAUUGUUGAGAUAAUAGAGAAAGACUUGAGAAGCCGUCGGGUUGACCCUUUUUUUUAUCACCAAAGGGGAAAAAAAAGACAAAACCAAGCCAAAACUGUAAAUUGUAUUUCAUCUUUUUGGCUGGAUGGAAAUUUGUAUCCAUUUCUAGACUGGGAUUUUAUUUGCCCUGUUUCCGGGAGUUCUAACUUACUGAUUUUGUCCUCAUUUUUUUGCUGAUUUCUUUGUGGGAGGGAGGCCGGUAUAGUGAGAGUGUGAGAGAUGAGCAAUACAGGCGCUUCAACCCAUGAGAUCGGUGAAGAGCACGAGCAGGUUAGUGCCCAAGAGACCAGUGGAGAACACGAAAUGGGUAUCCCCCAAAACCUCUCUGAACAGCACAAUGAAGUAAUGAAAUUGACAGCAACAGAGGUUCAUGCGGAGAAGAUAUUUCACUUGUUAGAAACUAGCAGUGUGUCGAAAAUCAUUCUCACUGGGGAGGCUGGAACAGGGAAAACAUGGAUGGCAAGAAGAAUAUGUAAGUUGUUUCAAGAAAAAAGAAGAAUAUGUAAGUUAGCUGUGGAGAACAAUCAUGAUGAGCCUCUUUGGAUAUCUCUGGAACAAAAGCAUGAUGAGAGCUCUCUUUAUGACACCAUUGCUCGUCAGUUUUCUCUGCCUACUAGUACAGAUGCAAGGGAAGAUACUGGCAAAAAUGAGAAAAAGGAGGGAAGUGUGAAGAGCGUGAAGGAGGAAAUGGAAGAAAAGCUUAAAGCAGCACAGCAGAAAAUGGAAGAAAAGCUUAAAGCAGCACAAGAGUUUAUUCUAAUUGUUUUAGAUGGUCAAGUAGGGACAAUGACUGAGAAUGAUAAAAAAGAAGAGAUGGUCAAUAAAAUAUUAGGCUUGGAAGUCUGUGGCCAGAAUCAUAAGGACAAAUUCAAGAUUCUAAUUACAAGAAGGGAUAAUGAUGGUGGUUGGUCUGAGGGGACGAAGAAGGUUGUUGUUGAACCCCUUUCUGGGAAUGAGGCAUUAAAAUUGCUAAACAAAGAAAUUGUUGUUGAUGAAGUUUUGCAAUUACAAGGCUUCAAAGAGUUAUCUGAGGCAAUUCAAAAAAAGAGCAAGGUUUUGCCUGCUAAUAUCCUCAUGUUAGCGGGAACCUUAAAUUACGUUGCAAAAGAUAACUCUGGGAAUUUGGACCUUGCUUUGGAGGCAGCUGUUAAUGAUCUGAGACAACUUCUGCGUUAUACAUAUGAUAAGGAGCCAGGCAAUUGUAUGAUUGACUGCUUUUGGCAUAGUUGGCAUUUCUUAGGAAAACAUGGUGGUGUUCACUACAAUGAGUUGAUCACUAACUGGAUAAUGGAACGUGAUCUCAAUCCCACCGAUCCAAUUGAGAUGGCUUAUGAGGAAGGACACCAUGUAUUGAUGAAGCUUAUAGAUUAUCACUUGCUCAAAAUGCAAGAGGACAAUGUUGUUGUUCUGGAGGGUGCAACUCUUGAUAUGAAUGAGUAUUGCCGCCGUGGAUAUACUGAGACAGCUGACCCAGGUUUGGCUAGCGUGCUAAAGGAUUAUGACUGGAAAGUUCUUGAAGGAAUCACACCAGCUGAUGGCAUGAUGAAAACACUGUGUAGUGAUAAGAAAGAGGAAAUGAUAUCCUCAUUACUGAUUGAUGGAAGUCGUCUAAGCAGGGAGGUUCAUGAAACUUUCUUUGGGGCCAAGCCAAACCUCAGUAUGCUUGCUAUUUUUUAUCCCAGGCUCAAGUCUUUUGAGGAACUCUCCAUAUCUAAAAUGGAGAAGCUGCUUGUGCUCUUGCUCAGAGGCUCUUACCUGUUGGAGGACAUAAAACAUAUAUCAAAACUCAAAGCCUUAACUGUUCUUGAGAUAUCUGGUUCAACCUAUUUGAAGGAAAUCCCAGAUGAAUUCUUUAAUCAAGUGUCUGGACUUCGAAGCCUUAACUUAUCUGCAGUUGGAAUUAAAUCAUUACCUUCUAGCUUCCCUGAAUUGACUGAACUGCGCAGGCUCAUCCUUAGACAGUGUUCAUCUUUACAAGAACUCCCAAAACUGGUAAAUUUCAGCAAACUUGAGGUAAUUGAUCUUUCUGAAUCCAUAAAUUUGGAAAAGAUCCAAGAAAAGAGCUUCAAGUCAUUUGAAAAACUUCAAUUGAUUAAUUUUUCCGGCACCAAAAUUGAGAAAUUACCUAUUGUUAAGUCUCUUCAAAAUCUAAAAAUACUCUUGUUAAGAGGAUGCCGUCAGUUGGUUGGAAUGCGCAGUCUCAAACAGGUCUCUAGCCUCAAGAUUCUUGAUCUUUCAGGUGCUGUUAAGAUAAGGGAAAUUAUGUAUGAUAGCUUUGAAGGGGCCGACGACCUUAGAGAACUUGAUCUAUCAGAAACGCAAAUACAGUUUUUGCCUUCUGACAUCUGCAACCUUCAGAAACUGAGGUUAAAGGGUUGUUCAUCAUUAAUAGAUCUGCCAGAACUGAAAGGACAUAGUAAUCUUGAGGAACUUGACCUCUCAGGUUGUAAGAGCUUGGUUAAGUUGCCAGACUUGACUGCUCUUCAAAAUUUGAAGAUUCUUGUUCUAAACAAUUGCAGCAAGUUGGAAAGCCUUCCAGAUUUAAAAUCCCUAUCGAAACUUGAGACGCUUGACAUAUGUGGUACUAAGCUUUGGAGCAAAGACGUGGAGGAUUCCUUGACUCGUAUGACUCGGCUCCAGAUUCUGAAGUGAUAAAUAUCACCCUUGAGGAGUGUUUAUCCAUUUCAAAGCUUCACCAACCACUGUAAGAUUUCACUAAAUGAUUGUUUCAGCACCCAACCAAUUUAGGAGCAAUUACAAGAUUUCAUGUUCCGGAUCCUUCUUGAGGAGCUAUUGACUAUUAAGUCACUGCCCUUCCUCGACUGCCAUAGUAUCUUCAUGAGCUUUUGCUGAGAGGUUGUUCAAGCUUACCUAGAGGUCCUUGAUCUUAUGGGAACCAGAAGUUCAAAUUCCCAUAUGAAAAUUCAUGGUUGGCUCAUUUAAAACACCUUCGUCUGUUGGACAAGUUCAAUGAAGAAGUUUGGAGCUGAUCUGGUUACAGAAUAAGCAUUUCAUUUGGACAUCUGCAUCUUGUUGAGUAGGCCAGCUUCCCUGGAAAAGGUUUUUACAUUUUUUUUUUUUGCAACUGUAUUCUUGCUUGUAUUUGUGCCAUCCAUUUUGUACUGUUAGUGAAAAACAAAACUGGUGUUGGAGGAUUUCUUCAUAGAGUUAUUUAUUUUCUGUUCUAAGUUA